UUCCUCUAAAUUAACACUGUGCGCAUGCGUGCUAAGCACCGCGAGAAAACUUCCUGCCAAAUAGUGCUCCUUAACAACAGACAAAGCUUGGCACGAUUGGCCCGAAGACGCUUAAAUUACGAGCGUUCCCCGGCCCUUCUUCAAUGCAGGGUCCAGACGAGCCUUCCAGCUACAGAGAGUAGGCUGAGCGUGCAGACAUGUCGGGUCGCUCCGCUGCAGAGAUGGAUGACUCGCAGGAGCUGCCGGAGCUGCCGGUAAAGAAGGCCAAGAUUGAGACUGAUGGUGGACUGGAGAAGGAACCAAGGAAUCUGGUGGACGAUGGGAGUCCAAGCGCUGUUUUAGGUUCGUCAGAGCAGGAAAACUCUUAUUCUGCCUUGUCCACUGCCCAACUCGAUCCCAGUGAUCAGGAGCAGUCGGACACAGACAGAGCUGCAGCGUCACAAGCAUGUGGUGACUCAAUGAACUCUUAUUCUCAUUCUGACACAGCAACCACCUCUGAGUACACUCAACAGGUUUAUCAAGGAAGAGACCCAGCAGUGACGUCGUACACCAGCCAGGUGGCCUUUCCUCCUCUGGCCCAGUCCACUGUCUACUCAUCCUUCCCUCAGACAGGCCAGACCUAUGGUCUCCCACCAUUUGGUGCUAUGUGGCCAGGCAUAAAAACAGAGACAGGGCUGCCUGAGACACCCUCUGGUGGUCAGCUUGGAUUUCUCAGCUUCAGCACCGCAUAUACCUCAACCCAGCCAGGCCAGCUUCACUACUCAUACCCCAGCCAAGGCUCGAGCUUUACAACCUCUAGCGUGUACACUAACAUCCCGUCGGCUACAGCAGCCACUACGGCUUCCAGCACAGUUCCCCACCAGGAGUUUAGCAGCUACAACUCCCUGGGACAGAGUCAGUUCUCUCAGUACUACACUCUGCCUCCCAGCUACGUUCCUGCAGGGCUGCCCAGCACUGAUGAGCAGGCUGUGGGCGUGGCUGGAUAUUCAGCUGUGAAGUCUGAGGAGGCUCCGUUGCCUGGACUUCCACAAGGAGAUUCACCUCCAGAGAACCUUCCAGCCGCUGCUGCUCUUCCAACCAGUGUGUCCCUCUCUGCUGGAGUCAGAGAACAGGACGAAGUUGGACGCAGGAACUCUCUUGGCAAAGCCAAAGGAAAAGGCAAAAAGGCUGACAGCUCUCCACCUGCCGACAGUGACCUGGAGCGCAUUUUUCUGUGGGAUCUGGAUGAAACCAUUAUUAUAUUCCACUCUCUGCUCACCGGGUCCUAUGCACAGAAGUUUGGCAAGGACCCAGCCACUGUCUUGAACCUAGGCUUACAGAUGGAGGAGCUCAUCUUUGAGCUGGCAGACACUCACCUCUUCUUCAAUGACCUGGAGGAAUGUGAUCAAGUCCAUGUUGAGGAUGUGGCCUCAGACGACAAUGGGCAGGACCUCAGUACCUACAACUUCCUGGCUGAUGGCUUUAAUGGUGCUACUGGUGGAGGAACAUCAGGCGCCACCACAGGAGUCCAGGGAGGAGUGGAGUGGAUGCGCAAACUGGCCUUUCGCUAUCGUCGGUUAAAAGAGAUUUACAAUAACUAUAAAGGAAAUGUUGGAGGCCUGUUGAAUCCCAUGAAGAGGGAGCUGCUUCUACGGCUCCAGUCUGAAAUUGAGAAUGUUACAGAUGCGUGGCUCAGCACAGCACUCAAGUCGCUACUGCUCAUCCAGUCCAGGGGGAAGUGCAUGAACGUGUUGGUCACCACCACUCAGCUGGUUCCAGCUCUGGCUAAAGUGUUGCUCUAUGGCCUGGGAGACGUCUUCCCUAUUGAGAACAUCUACAGUGCCACCAAAAUAGGAAAAGAGAGUUGCUUUGAGAGGAUCGUCUCCCGCUUUGGGAAGAAAGUUACUUAUGUUGUGAUCGGUGAUGGCCGAGAUGAGGAGUUUGCAGCAAAACAGCACAAUAUGCCUUUCUGGCGGAUCUCCACUCACGGUGACCUCGUGUCCCUGCACCAAGCGCUGGAGCUGGACUUCUUGUAAAGGACGUGAAUCUAAAGGGAAAAUAUAGUCGCUCUCCUGGCCUGUGGAGUAACAUUGUGAGGGAGAAGCCUUGACAACCUCAACUAUACACACUCACAUAUUCGAUUCUGCUCUGACUGACGCUCAUGACUCGCUGUGUGAUGGUAAUCGGAGGCGGACUUUGGGCCGGAGCGGAUGGUGAGAAGUGGACUGGAUGCAGCAGUCGGCUGGAAUAAGGCUCCUUACGCCCAGCACUCCCUCCUCUACGGCAGCUAACCCCACCACGGCUUAAACCGGCACUGAUUUGGGACAGAAGGGAGGACACCUUUCUUUUCUGCUCCUCUGCCUUUAUGUCAAUCUCUUUCAAGCUUCUGCAUCAAAUACAAUGUUUAGAAUGAUUAUUUCUCUGUUUGGUCAUAAUUACAACCAAAGGGGUAAUUUUUCUUAUUGGCAUUUUCCUUUGGGUAUUAGAUAUUUUUGUUUAGAUUCUGAAUAACUGAAACAAAAACAUAAGAACUGAAAAAAAUGAUUGCAGUCAUCCUGUGCUCUCUCAUAAACCCGAAUAACCAUUUUUUUAUUGUACUUCCCGCAUUUCAGGCGGUCUUCAGUUUGGCACACGAUGCUCAGACAUGGCAUGACCGAACCACAUUAUCAGUCAGCUGCCCUCACUUCUCCACUGUGUUGCAACAACACACGUGUGAUCGUUUUUAUGCAAGUGUGUGUGUGUGUGAGGCCUGUGAUUAACGAGUAUGUCUUAAAAAACAAACCGCUGUCAAAGCCUGCUAGUAGCUUCAUGUGACAGACCCCAUGAGGCGGUGAGCAGGUCUUUGCAGGCUUCUUUGAUAUCAAGGUGGACUUUGGAAAUUUAGCAUGAGUUUGGGAUUAAUUAGUCCAUGUCCAUUAAUACAUGAUGGUCUAAAUUGCCUUUGCAUAUUACUAUCUUUUUUUUCAGCAGCAGAGUCAGCGUAAGGGAACCAUCACAGUGAUUAGUCAACAAAAUCACACUAAAGAACGGCAAAUACUAAAGCUAGUAGCAGCUGUCUAUUAAAAUAUUAGACACCCAAGGGUGACCACAAUAACAAGUGACUUCUAAGCCUUCUAAUGUGGGAGAGGUUUACUUUGUACGCCUGUUUACCAAAAGACUGGAAUUGGUUUGUAGUAUGGAUUUGGAACACAGUGCUUGUUUCCUCCAAUUUGGGAAUUUAAAUGAAGGAUAAACCUUUUUUAUGGGCUGCAAUAAGUGUUUCACCUCUCAAUUUUCCUAAAUUGUCUUUGUUUUUUUAAGUCCCAAGUGUCCUUUAAAUCCCUUCAAAGGUAAAAGUAAAGUCUAAAUUCAACAGCUCAUGUGAAACUGGAUCCUCUGCUUAUGUAUUUCAGCUCUUUUUUUUCUAUAAAUUCCAUAAAUUUCUUUUCAUUAUAUAUUUUUUGCAGUUCACGUCGUCAUCAUCACAUCGUUUAGUCCACAGCGUCAUCAUUUCUACUGGGAACAGUUUUCACACUAGAGACCAAAUUGUUAGUCAGUAAUUCAAUCAUUAGCUGCCGUGUUUUCAUCUGUAAUGCGCUAGACUGACCAACAUGAUGGACCUGACAUGAAUAGUUGUAUUUGCCUAAUCCAACAAACCACAGGCUGGUUGAAGGCGUCUGGACCCGCGCAGGAAAAAAGGACCGUGACUUGUGUGCACUUGUGCUGUUUCCAUGAGUGUGUGGGAGCUGUUGAGGGAAGCAGGGAGUUGAAUAGACGACUGAACAAUACUGAGCCUGAAGAUUUCUUUACACACAAGCAGCUUGACCAUUAAGAAUGUGUAUUUCUGUGUAAUUUAGUUUUAAGUUUGUUUUGCGUGACAGUGCAUAUUUAUAUUGUGCCUUUAUCCAUAACCUGUAUGCUUAAUCUCAAAGGGAAACGUGUAAGAUUCUUUUGUUUGACACAUUUAUCACCGCAUUGUUAUAUUAUCCAAAGUGUUGUUCCUUUUUUUACUUUACUACGGUUUAGUUUCAGUCUGCACUGCAUCUGAAACGGGAGUGUUGACUGAUCGCUCAGUGUUCCAAGAAACCAUUUUAGUGAAGGGCUACAGAUAAAAUGGGAAUAGACCAGAUAUUUAGUUUGAAAAUCCUUCAGAGCAGUUUGGAGUGAAAAUGCGUUUGUUUUUCAUCCUCUUAUGAUGGUCCUGUCCUGUUGCGUUUGGAUUCUGCCUCCUUUGAAAGGAGAUUAUUUUGUUGAGUUGCUGUGAAAAGCUUUGCGUCGCUUGGAGACAAUCACAAUCUGUAGCACGUGUUUGAAGGCGUAUCGGGUUUUACUAAAGGGAUCGGCACAUUUAGGACGGGUGCCUUUGAUUGUUCAGUAUUGUACUACCUAACUGGGCGAGAAAUUCAGUCCGGCUGCAGUCAUUGCGUCAUUUUUCAGCUCAUUGAAUGUAAUUUGUUUUUCUUUCUCUGCAUGUCUGUUUUGAAAUAGGUUCUUAAAUGCCCUCGUGUUCUUUCUGAUGCCAAAAACAUUUACUUUUCAUAUGCAGUGUCUGUGUUUGUCUCCACACUUAGUGUUUUUCAUCUCAUUGUGGAGGACCUGUGAGGUGACAUGAGAGGGAGCUGAAUGUGAUCCUGUACGCUGAAUACUAUCAUAAUAAUCAAUGAUAACUUUGACAGUAAUCACUUCUUUCCUCAUAGUAAAUGUUUGGGGUCUCUCCACAGGUCUUGUAAAGUUUUUCCUGUGAAUCUAGAAACUCUCAGUACAAAUGUAAAUAAAUUUUAAAACAUUUCAGA